AUGGUCAAUGGCUGGCUGGUUGAGCACUGUCACGCACACCCAUGGGGUUUGAAAUGUGGAGGGAGAAUGGAGGCCUUUGAAUCAAUCUGCGACCCAAAUCCCGUCAACGAAGUCUCGGAAUUAGAGUUUCAGCCUUCAAAAUUCCCUAAUUCCGAUCUCGAUCAAGCACCGUCUGAUGAUCCCAAUCGUACGGCAGAGGAUCACACUCCGGCCAUCUAUGUCGAGCUUCAGAGCCUGAGUUUGAAAGAGGAAUCGGAACCUGUCUUGAAGGAAGAGGCUGAGAAAGAUGGGAACUGGGAUUUGAAAGAGGUUGAACAAGAACAAUGGGUUGAGAAAGACAAGGGGGGUUCGAAUUGGGAAGGAGGGAAGGGCGGCGAGAGCGGAUGGGACGAUUGGAAUGUGAAUGUGAAUGGGAAUGAGAAUGAGAAUGAGAAUGAUAAUGAGAUUGAGAAGGUGGUGGUGGAGGAGUUUGUUUCGAUCCUAAGUGUCCCGGAGGUGGAGGUGGAGGUGGAGGUUGAGGAAAGCGGUGAGAGAAAUGAUAAUGGUAAUGCCAAUAGCAAGAGGCAUCAGUAUCAGUACCCAGUGCGGCCUGAGGCCGAAGAUUGCGCCUUUUAUCUCAAGACUGGGACGUGCAAGUUUGCAUCCAAUUGCAAGUUCAAUCACCCUGUUAGAAGGAAAAACCAGGGUGUUAAGGAGAAGGUGAAGGAAAGGGACGAAUCCACAGAGAGGCCUGGCCAGACAGAGUGCAAGUAUUACUUGAGGUCGGGGGGGUGUAAGUAUGGAAAAGCUUGUAGAUACAAUCACACAAGAGGCAAAACUUCGGGAACCACACUUCUAGAGCUCAACUUUUUGGGCUUGCCAAUCCGACUGGGGGAGAAAGAGUGCCCCUAUUACAUGCGUACUGGCUCCUGCAAGUAUGGAGCAAACUGCAGGUUUAAUCACCCCGACCCUACAGUUGUGGGGGGGAGUGACACCCCUUCAGGAUAUGGUAAUGGUGGAUCUGUUUCAUUAGGUGCUUCCCCACCAUCUAUUGCAUCUUGGCCUUCGCAUACAUUGAAUGAAACUGCUCCCUUUGUGCCAAUUGUGCUUCCACCUACACCUGUGGUGCCUCCCCAAAAUUCGGAAUGGAAUGGGUAUCAGGUUCCUGUAUAUCCAACAGAAAGGAGUAUGCAUCCGACUGCCCCAUAUGUCUUGAGCCCAGCAGGUCCUGAAACCAAUCUCUUUACACAUCAUCAUCAGCAGGUUCAGAUAGAUGAAUAUCCAGAACGACCUGGCCAACCUGAGUGCAGUUAUUUCUUAAAAACUGGGGAUUGUAAGUUUAAAUCUAAUUGCAAGUAUCACCACCCCAAGGAUCGGGCUGCGAAGUCACCCCCAUGUGCUCUCAGUGACAAGGGCCUUCCUUUGAGACCUGAUCAGAGUAUCUGUUCACAUUACAGUCGCUAUGGCAUUUGCAAGUAUGGGCCGGCUUGUAGAUUUAACCAUCCGAUCUUCCCAGCUUCUUCACCUAUGACUGGAGUUGAUCAGCUUCCUUCUUAUGGCAAUUCUGCAACUACAGAUGAAAUUGGAGUGGCUGGGAGUGGAAGUAGUGGAAGUGAUUCCACUCUUCAGCAGCCUGUGUAAAUUGUUUUUUUGGCAUUUGAGGCCCUAGUUUUUAGGAUUCACAGUACCAAGGAUUUGUAAUUUUAUAUUUUAUAUUUUAUAUGACAAACAGAGUGGGGGUUGUUUUGGAAGGGGCUGAGCAGGCUUGAUACCUGCAAUGCCAAAAAUGCCCUCGGAGCUCUUUUGAUCUAUCAAAAUGCCAUUUUCAAUU